UUUGAUUCAGACGCUCCCAUGCCUGGUUAGGAUGUGCAGUAAAGAGAGACUGCUGGAGGAACGGGUGGAAGGUGCUGAAACCUUGGCAUACUUGAUAGAACCUGAUGUGGAGCUACAGAGGAUUGCCAGCAUCACAGAUCAUCUUAUUGCAAUGCUUGCUGAUUAUUUCAGGUAUCCUAGUUCAGUCAGCGCAAUGACAGAUAUCAAAAGGCUUGACCACGACCUCAAACAUGCUCACGAACUCCGGCAAGCUGCAUUCAAGUUGUACGCCUCCCUUGGAGCGAAUGACGAAGACAUCCGGAAUGAUGAUGUACAUGAUACAUGGUAG